AUGACUAUGGAUACAACAACAGCACAAAUCGGUGAUAUCUUAUGUCUUAUCUCAAAUGCAUCAGAAAAAGCGGUUAUCAUUACGGGGGCUGCAUCCGGAAUUGGUCGUGUAUUGCCGAUUAAACUGGCAAAGUUAGGAGCAAAAGUGAUUGUCGGUAUUCGCGGUCAUGCAAGAGCAGAAAAAGUAGCUGUACAAAUUCAACAUGAAGCAAAAGUUAGUGCAGGAAGAAUAGUCGGCUAUAAUUUAGAUUUAUCGGAUCUAUCGGCGGUGAAAAGAUUCGCCGAUCAAAUUAUCAAAAAUGAACAGCGUGUCGACAUUUUAUUGAACAAUGCGGCGACAUUCCGUAAAGUCCAUUUACUGACAACUGACAGCUUCGAAAUUCAAUUUGGUAUAAAUCGAGGAAUUACGGCCUAUUUUCUCCAUCCUGAUACGAUAUACAGAACUAUUCCGUGA